AUGUUGAAAAAAGCACAAGAAAGACAGAAGAAAGCAUAUGAUGCAAAACACCAGCCACAACCAUUCAAGGUAUUAUUAUUAUUUUACGCAGCAGCUCUAACAGUUAACAAACUGUUCUGCAAUAGACCCUUUCGAUAAUUACGUCAUAUAUCUUGUUUUGGCCAAUUGUGAGCCAAUCACUUGAAACAUGAGAAUGAGGCUCAAAGUUGAGAUAUCUGACAUAAUUGUCGAAAGGCUCUAUUAAGAUGGGUUCCCCUUAAAGGGGCCGUACAGUCAUUUUUUAGUCGAAAAGCCAUUGUUUACAUUUUUUGUUAUUGUCACUACUUGACAUGCGCACCACAGCAUGCAUCUUCCGGUAUGCAGAAGUACUCGUAGUCAUGGAUACUGCAUGUAAGAUACAACCAAACAAAUCUCUGUGGAGUCCCCUACUUAAAGUGGCUUUUUGAAUAAAAAAUGACUGUAGGGCCCCUUUAAGAAUAGCUCUAAACUUAUUUACAACUUAUUAAAUUUGUAUCUAAUUAGGUAGGAUAUGUUGUCCUAUUGAAGAAUAUGAAAAACAAAGAUAGAAAGGGCGGUACACUUGAACCAGUAUGGUCUGGUCCUUACACAGUCAGCAAUGUCAUGUUGAAAGGUGUAUACAAACUUUCAAACAAAGGGGGCACUGAGCUCAAGAAACCCGUCAAUAGUGCAAGGCUAAAGAUAUAUCACGAACCACUGGGCAAACAACCAUCACAAGUGGAAUUGACGAAAGCUGACAGGCGCGAUUUCGAUCUGAUCCUCAGUAACGCUAAACUUGAUGAUAAUGUAAUCAACAGAGCACAAAGAAUUCUCCGUGAACAAUUCAACAACAUUAGUGGUUGGCAAGAUACGAUUUUGAGCCAAACGUCUUUUGUACCAGUUAAAGAAGAGUGUAUUCAAAUACAUCAUACUGGUCAUGAUCAUUGGGUGUGUUCAACAUCUAUCAAUGGUUUUGUUCGACUGUAUGACAGCAUGCACUGUAAACAGCUGACGCCGUCCAUGAAAGUACAGCUCUCGCAAUGUUAUCACACGCUUGUAAAGAACAACCUACUCGAAGUUGAGCUUCCUCCAAGGCAAAUCCAACCGGUGAAUUCGACUGUGGUGUUUUUGCAAUCGCCUUCGCUUCUGAACUUGCAGCUGGUAACACCAACCCAUCGCAUGUUACCUACGACCAAAGCAAAAUGCGUCAACAUCUCCUCACCAGUCUACAGAAAGGAUCUUUCGAACCAUUUCCUUGUGCGAACCCCUAGAACUCUGUACCAUUCGAGAAACAGUAUAACCAUUGUGAAAUUGAGGAAUUUUGUCACUGCCUGA